AUGUGUCGAUUCAUGAUAUACAAAGGUAAGGAGCCUAUGAUGCUCUCAGACCUCCUUACCAAACCAGCUCAUUCUAUCAUCAACCAGUCAUUUGACUCAAGGCUUCGUAUAGAUAUGAGAAACCCCAUCAAUGGAGAUGGUUUUGGUGUGGGCUAUUAUAGGAAGCUAGACCAACCAUGUAUCUUCAAGGCCAUUACCCCAGCGUGGAACAACGUGAAUCUUAACUCAUUAUCAAACUGCACGGAAUCACUGCUUGUGUUUGGCCACGUCAGGGCCUCCACUCAAGGUGUUCUUUCAGAGACUAACUGUCACCCAUUUCUGUAUGGAAGAAUCAUGUUUAUGCACAAUGGUGGUGUUUCAUGCUUCGACAAGAUCAAGAAGAAGCUUAUUAAUCAUAUUGAUGAUAAGUUUUUUACGUUUAUCCAGGGGUCGACCGAUAGUGAAUGCUGUUGUGCGUUACUCCUAGAUACACUAUAUAAAAUGGGCUAUGAUGCUGAAGACCCCAAGACUGUUUAUGGGCACAAAGUAUUGAGACAAGCUAUUCUCAGAACAAUCGAGCUUAUCAAGGAUUGGCAGUGUGAAGUUACAGAUGAGCCUUCGUUAUUGAACUUUGCAGUUACCGAUGGUGAAUCUGUCGUCAUUACGCGUUACAUCACAUCCAAAACUGAUGAAGCUGCUUCAUUACAUUUCAGCACGGGACUGAGAUUUCUUGAAUAUGACACUGGCUUAUACAAGAUGGAGAGACUCAAUAGGUCCCAGGAUGUUGUCUUUGUUGCAAGCGAGCCAUUGACAUUUGAACGUGGUGACUGGAUCUGCGUUCCUACGAAUACGACACUCACAAUCACGAGUAACAACACCGUUCUUAUGCAUCCUAUUGAAGACGAGUUUUGGAGCGAUGGCCUCGCAGAGAGAUCUUCCGGAUUGGCUAUGCGUAAGGGGCUUAUGGGUGGUGUGCCAACAAAACCCAACACGGAACCAAGUGCUGAAGACGAAGUGGAUAGCACAGUUGCUCACCUCCCGCCAUUACAACGUGAAGGAAGAAGAGCGAGUGAAAUUGCAUCAUAG